AUGAGUAAACAAAACGCACAUGUGAUCCGGUACGGGGGCGGGGAAACUUUAGCCGGGAUUCCAACUCGCAACGAUAUUAUUUCGGAAUGUGGUAAUGGAUUAACAGCCAUACUUCAACAAAGCUUAUCUGAUAAACAGCCUAUAUACUUUAUGCCAAACGAUGUGAAUGAUGCCACUGAGUAUGUAAAAAAUGUAUCGACAUAUAUUCUACGUAUUUACGGCACUUUGAUUAAUGGGCAAAAAGCUAGAGUAGAUAUUACAGGUAUUAAACCUUUCUUUGAUAUCGCUGUGUCCGAUAACGAACCUUUAUCUGCAUUCAAAUCAAGAUUGGUGAAAAUUAUAUCAGGGGCAGAAAAAAUUGAUAAAUCAAAGUUUGGAAUAAAUAUUGUCUAUGCAUAUCCAAUUCGUGGUUAUCAUACCGAGAAAAAGAUGUAUAUUCGUAUCACUACAUGGAAUCAUUAUGAUAGGACGCAGAUUUUAAAAGAAGUUCGCAAGUAUGGUAUUGAAACAGCAUCUGAUGAUAUCACUACUAUGAACAGAAUAUAUGAAGAUGCAAUACUCCACCCCUCUGAUAUAUCAGCUAAAAAUAUGUGUGAAGUUGCAAAUUAUUGUGUUAUAGAUGCAUUACGAUGCCAAGAGCUUAUGGUUAAACAUAAUGUAAUCAAUGACUAUAGGGAAGUAUCAUCUAUUGCAUAUGUUUCUCUUUCUGAUUCUCAUUAUUUUGCGGGGGGUAUGAAAGUAUGUAAUCUUUUGGGAGUUGAAGCUUGGAGCAGUAAUAUGUUGUAUAGUAUGAUUGCUUCAGAAAAUACAGAAUCUGGUAAAUAUCCAGGAGCUUAUGUUAUUACAGCGAUAAAAGGUCUGGAAAACAAACGUCCAGUAACAGGUUUAGAUUUUGCCUCCCUAUACCCAAGUCUUAUAAUGACAUACAACCUUUCACCAGAUAAAAUCAUACUAUCCCGCGAAGAAGCAAUAAAUGUCAGUGACAGCGGAAAAUUUUUUACCCGUGCAUCAGACGAAAUACGAAAAUGA